AUGGACACAAUCAUGAACUUCAACGAGACCCAGGAGACUCAGGCUCUGCCACACCUUCUAAGCUUGCUGUUUCCUAACACCACACUGAGCAUCGCCUCUGAUAACCACCAGGGGGACUUUCUAGCUUGCAUCUCACGUGGCUACGAUGCUCCUUUGGUCCGAGUAUUUGAAGAGGCGUUCAAGCAAUCGGGAGAGGCGAAGUUUGAGCUGGAGGUUUUCGUCAUUAAAUCCUUGCAGGAGAAGAUGCUAUCGGCUGUUGAUGCCCAAACCUACUCAGUAUUGCUCCGAAGUGACCAUGCGCGGUUCUGGAAAAAGGGAAUAACAGCAAUAUUCCUGACGGACACAGGGAACUACCGAGGGUAUAUGAGUACUUGCUACCAUCAACAAUGUGACAACAUGAGUCGCAUAACGGACGACAUGAUCAUGUCAGUUGCCAAGACAGCUCGCGCCCUCGUAGCAACCGGAAACAAAAUGGCGCCUCCCCUUCCUGGUGACGGUUCGUUCCGAAAGCAUCACUCGUUAACCGUUCAAUAUGCCUUCAUCAAAAUUUGCAUACACAUCACGCAAGUACUGAAAGGUUUAUUUUCUCAAUGGUGUAUCUUUUGCCUUCCCAAGGCAUCUACCAUCCCUCCUACCAUCCUCCCACCUACCAUCCUCCCACCUACCAUCCCCACCUACCAUCCUCCCAUCUACCAUCCUCCCACCUACCAUCCUCCCACCAACCAUCCUCCCACCUACCAUCCUCCCACCUACCAUCCUCCAACCUACCAUCCUCCCACCAACCAUCCUCCCACCUACCAUCCUCCCACCUACCAUCCUCCAACCUACCAUCCUCCCACCAACCAUCCUCCCACCUACCAUCCUCCCACCAACCAUCCUCCCACCAACCAUCCUCCCACCUACCAUCCUCCCACCAACCAUCCUCCCACCUACCAUCCUCCCAUCUACCAUCCUCCCACCUACCAUCCUCCCACCUACCAUCCUCCCAUCUACCAUCCUCCCACCAACCAUCCUCCAACCUACCAUCCUCCCACCAACCAUCCUCCAACCUACCAUCCUCCCACCAACCAUCCUCCCACCAACCAUCCUCGCACCAACCAUCCUCCCACCCACCAUCCUCCCACCAACCAUCCUCCCACCAACCAUCCUCCCACCUACCAUCGUCCCAUCUACCAUCCUCCCACCAACCACCCUCCCACCAACCAACCUCGCACCAACCAUCCUCCCACCCACCAUCCUCCCGCCAACAAUCCUACCACUUACCAUCCUCCCACCAACCAUCUUCCCAUCUACCAUCCUACCACCUACCAUCCUCGCACCAACCAUCCUCCCACCUACCAUCCCCACCUACCAUCCUCCCACCUACCAUCCCCACCUACCAUCCUCUAUCUACCAUCCCUCCCAUCUACCAUCCCUCCCACCUACCACCAACCAUCCCCCACCUACCAUUCUCUCACCUACCAUCCUCCUACCUACCAUCCUCCCACCUACCACCUACCAUUCUCCCACCUACCAUCCUCCUACCUACCAUCCUCCCACCCUACCACCUCCGAACGCUUUGGGAUGUCCAGUCUCUUGUGGCUUCUUGUGAUCAUCCCGGGGUUGGCCUACAUAUAG